AUGCAGUUUGAGUUGGUUCGGGUGGACGGGACCACGCCUCCUCUGGAGCGGGCCGAGGCUGUCAAGAGGUUUGCCACCGAGCCUCAGGUCCGGGUGGCGAUAGUGGGCGUGACGGCGGGCGGCGUGGGUUUGGACUUUAGUGCGGCGCAGACGAUUGUGUUUGCGGAGAUCCCAAGGGCGGCAGCGGAUCUGCUUCAAGCAGAGGAUAGAGCACACAGGAGGGGGCAGAGGUUUCCUGUGAACGUGGUUAUUUUUUGUGCUAAGAUCCCGAGUGCGGCAGCGAAUCUUCCAAGAUUUGUGACGAUUGUGUUUGCGGAGAUCCCGAGGGCAGCAGCGGAUUUUCUGCAGGCAGAGGAUAGGGCGUACAGGAGGGGGCAGAGAUUCCCUGAGAACGUGGUGGUGUUUUUCUGUGCUUAG